GACAUGAUUACAAGGGGAAAUAGCACCAAGAUCACCCAGUUCAUCCUGCUGGGAUUCUCAGAUUUCCCCAGAAUCAUAACGCUGCUCUUUGUCACAUUCUUGCUCAUCUACAUUACAACUCUGACUUGGAACCUGUCCCUCAUUGUUUUAAUAAGAAUGGAUUCCCACCUUCACACGCCCAUGUAUUUCUUCCUCUGUAACCUGUCCAUCAUCGACUUUUGCUACAUUAGUUGCACAGUCCCAAAAAUGCUCUCAAACUUUUUCCAGGAAAAACAAGCCAUCAGCUUUGUGGGCUGCAUUGUUCAGAAUUUUAUCUUUUCCAUCAUAGGGCUGAGUGAGUCUUGCCUCAUGACAGCCAUGGCCUAUGACAGGUAUGCUGCCAUUUGUAACCCGCUGCUCUAUUCGUCAAUCAUGUCACCCACUCUUUGUGUUCUGAUGGUGGUGGCAUCCUAUAUGUCUGGGCUCACUGCUUCCUUACUUCAGCUGUUUGCUUUACUUCACCUCCACUUCUGUGGACCUAAUGUCAUCAGGCACUUCUUCUGUGACAUGCCGCAGUUGCUACUUCUGUCAUGUACAGACACUUUCUUCGUCCAAGUCCUGACAGCCAUAUUAACAAUGAUCUUUGGGUUUGUAAAUGUACUAGCCAUCCUGAUAUCCUAUGGCUAUAUCAUCUUGUCCAUCCUUAAGAUCACUUCAUCUAAAGGCCGAUUCAAGGCAUUAAACACCUGUACUUCUCACCUGACAGCUGUUUCCCUAUUCUACACCUCCAGUAUCUUUGUCUAUUUGAGUUCAAGUUCUGGUGGCUCCUCCAGUUUCGACAGAUUUGCAUCUGUCUUCUACACUGUGGUGAUUCCCAUGUUGAACCCUUUGAUAUACAGUUUGAGGAACAAGGAAAUCAAAGAGUCCAUGAAGAGGUUGCUGAAGAAGACAAUCUGUAGCUAA